AUGACCGAAUGUGAAAUCGAUCCAUCCACUCUUCCAAAAUGUGAUGAUCUUUUCCGGGCUAUCGAGGCUCAAUUCGAAGCCUCUCAGAUCCCUAGCGAUAAAUGGUACCUCACAGCUCUGAGCGCCUUGACCACGACCCCCGAUCCCCAUUUGGCAGAUCAGCUCUAUGUAUACCUGACUAGCACACCUGCAUACUCGACGGUCAAUGCGCGCCAGACCCUCAUACAGCGUAUGCGAGAGACAUUGUUCAAAAAUAUUGCGCUUCUUGGUCUUCCAAAACCCGCCGAAGCUCUUAUUUCUAUCAGUCGGGUCGAGCUUAAGGAAGAUGGUAUAACUCAGACCUUCACUCGCGAGGGAUGGCAGCGCGACGAUGGCAAUCGCACGCGUGGGAUUCAAUGGCUGAACAAAAUUUAUGCUCAUAACGCGGAAGAUUUAUUUGAUCUGUUCCAAAGGCAUCGGGAUUGGCAAUUUUGGAUUGGUGAGAUUGCUUAUGGGCUACAUCUAUCAGAUCGCCAAGUCUUGGAUGAUAUAGACACUGAAUUGGUUGUUCUACCAGCAGUUAUGGGACAGAAUCUUCCUAGAGAAUCAUACUGGCAUAUACGAGGCUUAAGGAGACUUGGGAUCUCCAAGGAAGACAUUCAGAUGAUUUGUGAUUGUGUACAUAAAGUGGCUCAAUUCUGUGGAGUCAAGUUGGAUCGUGUUCCCUCAGUUGAGAAGGUCGACGCAGACAUAUCCAACGACAGCGACCCAUGA